GGACAACACUGCGGAGAAGCGUUACUUGGAAAGAACAACAACUUCAAGCUGCAGUUUCUCCCAAAAGUUCAAGAUUUCAGAAAUGGUUGACAGCACAGUAGAACCAGGUGCGCCCAGCGCGGAGGCGGCGAACGAGGCUGUGGAGAUGACAGCUCCUCCCAAGGGGGUUUCCAGGCCAAAUGGUGUCGCGUCUGCAGCCAAACAGAUGGACUCCGCAAUUCUGCGACUGAACAAACUGUUCGCGAGCCCCGGCGGCCUCAGCGCGUUCCUCUCCACCUUCAACUACACCCUCUACCUUCUUGCCUAUCUUGAAUCCUCGCACUCCCUCGCGCAGCUCGCUCACAAACUCCUCUCCCUCGUCAGGUCCCGGUCCGCGAAACCGCCGACCGUCUCCCGAGCGUCCGACCCGACUGCCGUCCCACCAAUCGCGGCGCUGGCAGGACUGAUUUCGAGAGCCCGGACAACACUCCGUCUUUUCGGCUUGCUACCACUAUAUGCCUGGUUGAAGACGCUGAUAGCUGGGCCUAAGUCUGGCGCGGAUCCGGUGCUACAUCGCAUUGCGCUCACACAGUGCCUGAGUUAUGUGGCAUAUCAGGCGUUGGAGAACGUAUCCGUGUUGGCGGACAACGGCAUCGUCUCCAAGAAAUUCAUCGCCCUGAUCAAUCGCGGAGAUGCCACGACAGGGCGCCUCUAUCUUUGGGCGUACCGCGCCUGGUUGAGCGGUGUAUCGUGCGACUUCUUGCGGCUGGCUCGCGAGGCGCAGCUUGAGAAUCGCAGGAGAGCGAACCGUCAGCAGAUGAUUGAUGAGGGCAAGGCUGUCGCUGUGUAUGCGGACGAGGACAGGAAGUUCGAUAGCAAGUGGUGGACUGAUUUUAUGAUCGCGGCCGCGUGGUUCCCCAUGGCGGUCCACUUCAGCAGCAGCACGGGAGGCAUUCCCGGCUGGAACCUGGGCUGGAUGGGUCUUUGUGGGUUGGUAGCGGGGAGCUCGAGGGCAAGGGGAUUGUGGAGAGCUACCCUGCAUCCAUGAGAGAUGACCAACAUGUUGGGUCCCCGAGAGACUAGCUUUUAAGUUAUUGCUCCUUUCGAGCCUCUCGACGACGCAACGGGCAAGCCCGAAUAGAGCAAUUGGGCAUAUUAACUGAGGCAGUGCACAGCUACACUUGUGUACCCUACAUAUACGCUUUAACAAUGGGCUAGACUACGGAGUACUCUCUCGGACAUGUGGAUAUUGCUUUCAACCCACGUAAUCCCACUUCUCACUCCAUCUUGUACUGUAACGGUGGUACUCAGGAAAGCCCUCUCGUAGGAACGAUCAUUGGAG